AUGAUAUUGCUGCUGCUACUGUUUCUGGUGAAGAAAAGAGUUUCUCUGAAGUGUCCAGCAACCGAUACCAUCCCUGUCCCACAUGAGUGGUACCAGCCUGGUGACUUCAUCAUUGGUGGGAUGGUGUCCCACAUUGUUUACCACUUUUAUGAAAUUCAAUUUAAGGAACAUCCUUCUCUAAAACCUUAUGACUUACCACUUGUAAUAACGAAAUUCUAUCAGCACAUCCUUGCCUUGGCCUUUGCUGUGAAGGAGAUCAAUGAGGACUCCCAGAUCCUGCCUAACAUCACUCUCGGGUUCCACAUCUAUGACAGUUACUACAGUCCAAGGAUGACCUAUCGCACCACUCUGGACCUGCUCUUCAAAUCCAAGGAAUUUGUCCCUAACUACAAAUGUGACAGCCAGAAAAACCUCAUGGCCAUCAUUGGAGCACUUGCGUCUGAUACUUCAUCCCAUAUGGCAGAAAGUAUAAAUAUGUACAAGAUUCCACAGUUCCACAAGUUUCUUCAAGGGAUUUCUUUUAACAACUCAGCUGGAGAAAAAGUCUUCUUUACUCACAAAAGAGAAUGUUCAGGUGGCUUUGACAUCCUCAACAUGAUCACUUUUCUGAACAGAUCCUUUCAGAGAGUUGGAGUUGGAAAAUUAGAUCCCAGUGCUCCAAAAGGGAAAGAAUUAUACAUUGAUGAAGAUUUGAUUGUGUGGCACCCAGCAUUUAACCAGGUUCUUCCAAUUUCUCUGUGUAAUGACUAUUGUUCCCCUGGAUCCUGGAAGAAAGGGGCUGAAGGAAAAGAAUUCUGUUGUUAUGACUGUGUUCCAUGUCCAGAAGGGAAGAUUUCAAAUCUAAAUGAUAUGGAUGACUGUUUUGAAUGUUCAGAAGAACUUUAUCCAAAUAAAGAAAAGAAAGGAUGUAUCCUAAGAUCUGUAGUCUUUCUAACUUUUGGAGAAACAUUAGGAAUUGCUUUGACCUCAACUGAUCUUUGUUUCUUCUUCUUGACAUCUUGGGUUCUUGGAACUUUUAUUAAGCACAGGGAUACUCCCAUUGUUAAAGCCAACAACCGCACCCUCACCUAUACCCUCCUUGUCUCUCUUCUGCUCUGUUUCCUCUCCUGUUUCUUCUUUCUCAGCCAACCUGGCCAAGUGACCUGCCUUCUCCGACAAUCCACUUUUGGCAUUACCUUCUCAGCGGCCAUCUCUACUGUCCUGGCCAAAACCAUCACUGUGGAGGUCGCUUUCAUGGCCACGAAACCAGGAUCUCCAAUGAGGAAAUGGGUGGGGAAAAGAUUGGCCUUUUCUACUGUCCUUUCCUGCUUUCUCUUCCAAGUAUGUAUUUGUGCUCUUUGGUUGUCAACAUCUCCCCCAUUCCCUGAGUUAGACAUGCAUUCAGAAGCCAAAGAAAUGAUUCUCCAAUGCAAUGAGGGGUCAGCCACCUUCUUGUACUGUGUCUUGGGCUACAUGGGGAUCUUGGCCAUUGCCAGCUUUACUGUGGCCUUUCUUGCCCGUAAAUUACCUGCCAGCUUUAAUGAAGCCAAGUUCAUUACCUUCAGCAUGCUGGCCUUCUGCAGUGUGUGGGUCUCCUUUUUUCCAGCCUAUCUGAGCACGAAAGGAAAAGCCAUGGUAGCCGUGGAGGUCUUCUCCAUCUUGUCCUCCAGCGCUGCAUUACUGGGAUGCAUCUUUUUGCCAACAUGCUACAUCAUUGUUUUCAGGCCUGAGCUCAACCACAGGGAGCAACUAAUAAAGAGGAAUUCAUACAACAUGUGA